AUGACAUCAACAAUAAGUUACGCGAGUAACUCAACAUCGUCAUCAUCAUCAUCAUCAUCAUUCAAAGAGAAUGCACCUCCAAAGAUACUUGGACAGGCUCAAUCACCUGUCUGGUCAUUAAACACUGAGAGAGACCAAUUCGAAAGACAGAUUGCAGAGUGUACACAUCAUGAUCCAUUAGCGAUUUGGACUCCAUAUAUCAAGUGGGCUCAACAGAGUUACAAAGGUCAGGGAAUGAAGGCUGAGUUAUUGGCCCUACUUCAAAGGUGCACUGGACUCUAUGUCCACUCUGAUGACUACAAGAACGACACCAGAUAUCUCAGGAUUUGGAUCAUCUAUGCCGACAUGUCAGCUGAUCCAAUUGAUAUAUUCACAUUCCUGGAGAAUAAUGGAAUAGGUGUGCGACUGGCAUUGCUCUACGAAGCACAGGCCAUCGUGCAUGAGAACAAGGGCAACUUCCAACAGGCCAAUGCUUGCUAUCAACUCGGUGUUGAGCGCUCAGCACAUCCAAUCGAUCGUAUCAAACAAAGAUACAGUGAGUUCAAGUUAAGAUACAAGAAGUACAUGGCCAGGAGCAACAACAGCAGCAACAGCAGUAGCACUAUCAAGGAUCAACAACAUGCCGGUGAGAAGAGGAAGCAUGAUGGUGGUGUUGGCGCCUCUUCGUCUUCAUCAUCAUUCCAGAUAUACGAGGAUGCUGCCAACAACACCCCUCUCAGUGUGAGCAAGAAGCCACUGCAGUGGCAGGAGUUGCCAGCGGGCAAGCAGAGGGACCAACUGAUACCAGAUCGAAGUGCUACUGCUGGUGGUGCUCAGAGCUCGGACAAGCGAUUGAAGAGUGAUCCAGCAGCGUCCUUACCUCUGGCGCCCAAGUCACCGUCUGUUGGACGCGGAGGCACGAGCACUGGCGCAGCACGACCCGAGCGAGUUGGAUACAAGAAGGAACUAUUCCUGCUGCUCAAGGGUGACACUGAGAUCAAACUCUCAUUCGAAGAGCUGCGAGCACAACAUUGGAUGGCGAAGAGGUUGAGCAAGCCUCAGCCCCAGCCCCAGCCCCAGCUCCAGCCGCAGCCCAAGACACAACAUGUGACCCACCAUGUCUUGCUGAAUGAUACCACUCCACAACCAAAGGCCACCACAAUCUCAACUGUUGUUGCUGCCGCACCUCCCUCACCCUCGAUCACCUUCCACACCAAAGAGGCAUUGAAGCAUGUCAUGUCAUGGUUCAAUGGCACUGAGUUGUCGGACGACAACAUCAACGCCAGCAACAACAACUCGGAGACAUCGGUUGAUGCCGCCGUCUCACAAUUGGGCCUCGAUAGCGUUGAUCAUCAACAUCAUCUGGACAACCAGGAGAACAUCGACCCGGCCACCAGGCCAACCUCAAAGUCGACACUAGGCAACGUUGCCACCACCAAGCGAGCAGUCUUUAAUGCCGCGACUGGCGAGUUUGACACGGUGCCCGUGGUGCAGAUACACAACGAGAAACGCACCAUUGGCCAAUGUCCAGCAUAA